UCCAUGAACCAGACACGGCCUCCAUCCGUACGUGGAGACGGGAGUCCAAAAUCCCUAAGCUGCCAAAACGGAAAAAUUGAGAAAUCCCCUGAAGUUCCUCGCGACGUUGCCGGCGAAGUCUGUCCACCGCUUCCAAGCUCAUCGCCGGCAGCCUGCUCCACCGCGUCACUGACAACAGAAGCCAGGAAAUCGCCAGCUUUGCAAGUUGGCUGGGUAUGAUCUAUUAACAAUUUGGGGGCGUCAGGUCGUGUCAGGAAAGCAUAUAGCAUGGUAAAUUACCGGACUGUCGGCAUGUAGCUUGUUCUUUGUUUUCCUCUACGAGCUGAAGUAAUGGCUAUCAAAAUUCCCAAUUGAAAUCCAAUUUAAUUGAGGUAUUGAAGGAUUCUGCGGCUCUGCUGCCCGAAAUUCAUAUUCUUCGUGGAAAGGGUUAGUCUUGGAAUGAGGAUGCAGUGUACCUUUUAUCGAAAACUAUUCACUUGUUCACCCUCUCUGACUCCCGUACAACUACCAUCUCCAAAAGAAACACAUCUUUGGUAUGUAAAACCCAAUGAAGUAAAGAGUGAGACACUGUUAAAACAAUACAUGGAAAUUCUGUCAGCAUCUGAGAAGGAAAAUGUGCUUCGUUUGCAUGGAGAUGAGCACAGGAAAACUGCUCUGCUUGCACGUGCAUUGGUUCGAACAACUGUUGCUAGAUAUCAGAUAAAUUCUCAUGUUGAUCCAAGAUCCCUGAAAUUUAGAAAGAACAUUCACGGGAAGCCUGAGGUAGAGUGGCAGCAUGGUGAUCAUUGGCAACCGCCUCCAUUGCAUUUCAAUAUCUCACACACUACUUCUCUGAUAGCCUGUGGAGUGACUGUUGAUUCUCCUAUAGGUAUUGACGUGGAAGAAAACCAGAGGACAGUAAAGAACAAUAUUUUAAAUUUAGCUCGAAGAUACUUUUCCGAACAUGAAUAUAAAGUCUUAUGUUCUAUUGGUGAUUCCCAAGUUCAGCACCAGGAAUUUAUAAAAUUAUGGACCCUGAAGGAGGCAUAUGUCAAAGCACUGGGUAUAGGGUUCUCAGGAGCUCCUUUCAAUACAUUUACUAUUCGAUUUAAGAACUCUGUUGGAGGAAGCUCUCAUCUCUCUUUGAAUUCAGAUUCCAAGGCAUCUGAAAUAGCUGUAGAUUACCUUGACAGUCCUCACAACAGUACAAGCAACUGGCAGUUUGCACUAAUUGAGUUGGAUGGUUCACAUUAUGCUGCCAUUUGCACGAGAAAAGAUUCUGCAACUGAUGGUAAAACUAGCGACUCUAUGAAGCUGACAGUAUGGAAGACGAUUCCAUUUCUUGAGGACGUAUGUGUUUCUGGAACCGAUGCAGUUGUAGAAGUGAAUGGCAUGACAAUAUGACAUAAUCCUUCAGUCUGUGUUUAAUUGAUGACAACCCUACACUGGAAGCAUACGCAUAUGGUUUCCAGCUCGUUGAAGAGCAAGAUUAUUCCAUCAGUAACCCAACAACAAAGGCUGACUGUUUCUUCAUGGGGCUUUGGCGAAGCUUGGUUGCUUAUGGUGUGGCUACUUAGUUACAGAAGUCCCAAAGUGCCUAUAUUUUUAUAGAUCUAACAAUCUACCAAGAUUUCCAAACCCAUUCUUUACCAUAUUUUAGAUGUACUGUGUUCAUUGGCCAUAUGAAACAAAUAUUUCAAUAUAAUAACACACUUUUUCAGUUAGUCCAAUAUUGAUGCUGGUAGAUGCAGAUAUGAA